AUGGUUGAUAUACAGACAGCAACGCCCAUCUCGCGCGUUUGGUUCGUGACUGGCUGCAGCUCUGGCUUCGGUAAACUCUUCAUAUCCUCCAUCGUAGCUCGCGGCGAUAGGGUGAUCGCCACGGCACGCAAUAUUAGCGCCCUGAGCGAGUUUGAGGAUCGCGAUGAUGUCCGGCUGAUGCAGCUGGAUGUCACUCAACCUCAGAGCAUGCUCAACGACGCGGUUACUGCAGCCAUCGCGACCUUCGGCCAGAUCGACGUCUUGGUUAACAAUGCAGGAUAUGUCCUUUCCGGAGUGUGGGAACAAGUGAGUCAUUCCCAGACUCUCGAUAUAUUCGCCACUAAUGUCUUCGGUCCUAUCAAUCUCUCACGCGCGGUGCUCCCACACAUGCGGGCUCGUGGGGUGGGGUCUAUUGUAUUCAUGAGUAGCCUCGCUGCCUGGCUAAGUGUUGCUGCUGGGGGACCGUACAGCGCGUCCAAGUGUGCUCUUGAAGGAGCCGCUGAAAGCCUCCAAAAGGAAGUGAAAUCCUUUGGUGUGGAGGUGUAUAUUGUAGUUUUGGGCCAGUUCCGCACGGGUAUCCUCGACUCUAGCAAAAGGAAGGUGGCUGAUGCAGUCCACUCACCUCCAGAGUAUACUGCCAUUCUGGACCGUCACCAAUCCAGACUGGAAAAGACAAAUGGCAAGCAGCCUGGGGAUCCGGUACAGGCAGUGGAGAGAAUUUUUGAUGUCGUGCGACACGAAGGCUACAUGGCUGGUAAAAAAUCCAUGCCUCUCCGCAUUGUUCUAGGAUCAGAUGCCAUGGAUAUCGUUCGUGGCCAGUGUCAAGGGAUGCUGAAUGAUUUGCAGGAAGAGAGGUACCUAGGAGAGAGUACGGACUUUCCGAUUCCCGGCGAGGAAGUAGCAAUUGAGAGAUAUGCAUAG